AUGGAUGCUCAUGUUCGACAGGCUUCUGACCAGGGCGCUUCUUGUCCAGCCAUGAGCAAUUCUCCUUUCCAGCCGCCAACCUCGAUACCCCAUGAUGGCUCCAAUGCCCCCUCGACGGCAAGCUCUGACAAUCUGAACCUAACCCCAAGCUCGAGCUAUGACGAAUUAGCCUUGGCAGCCAAUCCUCCCGUCAGCUUCCAGGCCACCACCAUUGCUCCAUCACCUCCAAUUCAGUCUACUCCAUUUGAAGAUGUCGGCCGCCGAGGCAGAUCGCCUCUAGACUCUGGCGCCUAUUAUCACGAUGUCACUGGAUCCCUUCGCAUUUCCACAAACGUUACGUCUUCUUCUUCUUCUACAGCUUCCCCUUCGCUCUACCAUCGCGAGUCUCCUACUGGCCAUACCAGUCUCUCGCCUAUUCGCAUCCCCACGCCCUUGAAUCACAAGUCGUCUUCCAGCAGCAUACGCCUUCUGACACGAACCCCGAGUCUCAAAGCUGCCCUCGCGCAUUCAAUUGGAUCUGCUAGCGGUACUAGCAGCGUUAUUUCAAGUCCCAUGAUUACGGCAAUGGGCGACGUGACGCCUUUGCCGAGUCCUCUCUUAUCAGGAGAGUCCCCUGGACCGUGGAGGAGGCUGGCAGUGGGCUCUGUGUCCCCGCCUCAGCACCGAAGCCUACUGAGCAGUGUUGGAGAGGACUUGCCGACCAUGGGGGCCCCCGUUGGCCCAAUGAAGAACUCCAAUGCCGCGGCUUCUUCCUCGAGGCGUAAAGUAUAUGCCAGCCUCACGGAAAGUAACGAGGCUAGCCAGCCUUUACCUAAACUCGCACAACCACCUCACCCUCAAUCUGAAUCUCAACCUCACACGAGGAACCGAAGCCUUAGUGAAUAUACCACGCCGGAUCCCACGGCUAUUCCAAAGAGGAUUGUCUCCGUGUCUGGCCCCCACGCCAAAGCCGAAUCUCAAGGCCCCCAAAUGAGGAGGGAACAAAACCUGGCAGAGUCACGCGGCCUGGCUCCCAACGUUGCGAAGCCACCGACGCCUCCUCCUAGUGAGAGCUCAAGAGACUCGACUGACACUGCCUCUACCUCACGAUACGAGUAUUUUGAAGCCUUUGACCGGCAUGAUCGAAAACGGAGGCGCUGGCGCUCAGUGCGAACUGUGGGUCAAGGCACAUUUAGCAGAGUCGUAUUGGCUACCAGUCAGAUGGAUCAGCCUAAGCAUCUCUCUGCCGAUUUAGGAAGUACAACCAUGACCGAUCCCCCACUUGAUCGGAAGACAUUGGUCGCCAUCAAGGUGUGCGAGCAUGGCCCUCAGGGGGGAGCCAGUGAAGAGCGAGUUGAGAUGAGUCUCAAGCGAGAACUGGAAAUCAUGCAGAGCAUUCGUCAUCCCAGCUUAGUCAACCUCAUGGCAUGGAGCAUAGAACCUACGAGAGCAAUCCUUGUCCUGACCUACUGCCCUGGAGGGGACUUGUUUGAUGUUGCUACAGCCCACCGGAAGCUCUUGACACCGCCUCUGAUGAGACGAAUCUUUGCCGAAUUGGUCGGUGCUGUAAAAUAUCUCCAUGAAGAAAUGAUUGUUCAUCGUGAUAUCAAGCUCGAGAACGUCCUUGUCAAUCUUACGCCCAACGAGCUCGCAGAUCCAUCAAUCGAUUGGACCACGUACCCGCAUUCAGUAAUAGCAUUGGCUGAUUUGGGCCUAUCAAGACGGAUUGCAGAGGACGAAAAGCUCGAGACACGCUGCGGAUCUGAAGAUUACGCUGCUCCAGAGGUUAUCAUGGGUCAACCUUACGACGGUCGUGCUACCGAUGCAUGGUCCCUUGGUGUGCUGCUCUAUGCCCUGCUCGAAUCUCGACUCCCGUUUGAUCCUCCUCCGGGGAUGAACGACUCUCAUAGAAUGCGUAGUCGAAAGAGUCACCGGAUUGCAAGAGGCGAAUGGCGCUGGAUCGAGUAUGGCGGCGAAGACGGCGAUCAUGAAGCCAACGAAGCCCGUUUCAAGGAGAGGGGCUUGCUUGACGCCAUGAACAUUACAGAAGGUCUCCUCAAGCGUGCACGAAGUCGCUGGACAUUACAGCAAGUAUUGGCCACGCAGUGGGUGCAAGAGGGUGUUGCCGUUGAGGGUGGCAUACGUUUCAGAGAAGAAGUUGGAGGGGCCGAAGUGUGCUAAAAGCAAUCCAUAUCAGCGGUUGCUCCCAUGUCCUCAAAAAUGUGGAAGACGUGAAUUUUCUUUUCUUCUCAGCAAGAGGCAGCGAGAUGGAAGACCACCUUUGGUUCUCUCUCAUGCUGCCAAAGCCAUCGCUUGGCAUGAUGCUUUCUUUAGGCUCAACCACAUGUCAGCCUUUCGUUUUAUUCUUCUUUUCGCCAUUUUUUUUAAACCCGUCUUUCUUUUCUCAAGGCAUCAGGACUAAACUGGCGCUAACAUUCGAAUUAUGCGCUAUUGCUAUAUCAACCACGGAAAUGGACAGAAAGCCCAUGUAUGAUCAGGAGUUAUAGGGGCGGUAGAGGGAAGAAAAUCACUAUCGCAUGAAAACACACUUUUAAAGCACUAGGCAAUGGAGCAAUUUUUUGGAAGGGAGAUGGGAUGAGUUUCAAAGUAGGAGAGACUAUGCGGGACAUGUAUCACGUAUGAACUCUUUUAAAAUAAGGGGGAAGGGGUUAUUCAGCAGAUUGGGGUGUUUGGUUGGAAGAAGGGCUGCCUUUUUAUGUAUUUCGGAACUCUUUUCUUUUCUUU